UUAGGGAGUUGUGGCUAGUGUAGGUAGUAAUAGGGUAGUAAAAGAGAGAGAGAGAGAGGGAGAAAUGAAAUUGGACGAGCCCCCGCUCUCUAAAAUUUCAUAGCCAAAAUUUUGAAACCCCCACCAAACCCUCCCUCCCUUUUAUAUUCACACCCCGCCCGAAUCCACCCCAAAAAUCAAAAUCCUCAAUUUCGAUUCCCCCCCAAUUCCCAAAUCUCACUUUCUAAAUCCUCUUCUUCUUGUCUCGAUUCCCUCUCAGAUCACCCACUUCUUUUCCCCCCCCGCCCGCCCGCCCGCCCGCUAGUAAACCCCCUCUGUGAUUUCUAGGGUUUUCAUUUCCCACCACCCACAAAUCUAGGGUUUCCGCAGUUCUCUGUCCAAGUCUCGAUCUUGACUCGAUUGCUCGCUACCCAUGGCGUCCGAAGCCCUAGAGGAGAAGAAGCCGGAAGAAGAAGCUCCUGUUGAGGAUAAACAGGAGGUUGAAGCUGAAGAGGACGAAGAGAAAGAGGAUCUGCCGGAAGUGCCCGAGAAGGCGACGGAGAACGAGGAAGGCGAAGAAACUCCCAAGAAAGGUAAGCGGACUCGGAGAGCCAGCUCGAAGAGCCAGACUGAGUCGAAGAAGCAGCGAGGCGGAGACUCAGCUGUGAAGAACCCGAAGAAGGAAGCCGAGGUGGAAAAGAAGGAGAAGGAGCCGGUUACUCCGGUGAGUGAGAGGCCUACUAGGGAGAGGAAAGUAGUUGAGAGAUACUCAGCUCCCGAGAGUGGAAGGUCUUCGGCGACGAAACCAUUGAACAUUGAGAAGGGUCGUGGAACUCAGCUCAAGGAUAUUCCAAACGUGGCUUUCAAGUUAUCGAAGAGAAAACCGGAUGACAAUCUUCAAUUACUGCACACAAUUCUUUUUGGGAAGAAAGCAAAGUCUCACAGUUUAAAGAGAAACAUUGUCCAGUUUUCAGGUUAUGUGUGGGCUGAGAAUGAGCAAGAAAAACAGAGGACAAGGGUAAAGGAGAAGCUUGAUAAGUGUGUUAAAGAAAAGUUAAUGGAUUUUUGUGACGUGCUUAAUAUUCAAAUCAAUAAAGCUGGCACAAAGAAGGAAGAACUUUCUGCAAAGUUAUUGGAGUUCUUGGAAUCCCCACAUGCUACAACUGAUGUUUUGCUUGCUGAAAAGGAACAGAAAGGGCAAAAGCGCAAGAAGAAGGUUACACCAAGUAAGAUUGCAGGUUCUGGAGAAGGAUCACCGGAAACUCCAGCCAAGAAACUAAAGGACACACCCAGUGUUGAAAAGAAUGAAGAGUCAACCAAAGAUGAAGAGGACGAAUUUGAUGAUAAAGUUGAACCUUCUGAAGAAGAUGAUGAUGACAGGAUGAAUGAAGAAACUGAUCAUGGGGAUAAAUCUGAUGAAGAGGAAGAUGAACCAAAGGACCAGGUGUCAAGUCCAAAAAGUUCAUCCAAAGAUGUGAAGGAGGGCUCAAAGGUUAAAACUGGGGGGAAGUCAACACCAGCUAAGAAGAAAACCCCUGCAAAAUCUGUGAAAACUUCUACAGAGUCUGAAAAGAAAUCUCGUUCUACUUCAAAAAGAGGUGCAAGUGAUGCUGAUGGAGCUUCUGGUUCUAAAGCAAAGGGAUCUGUGAAAAAACAGAAAACUGAAAAGGAAAGCCCAAAGGAUAGUAAGGCAAAAACCACUAGCAAAAAACAGUCGAGCAAGUCCCCAGCCAAGGUUCCAGCAAAGGAUCAAGUGAAAGGCAAAACUAGCAAGAAGGCAAAGACAGAGCCCACAAAAGAAGAUGUGCAUGCUGUAAUUGUUGACAUUCUGAAGGAAGUGGACUUCAAUACUGCAACUUUAUCUGAUAUUCUCAGGCAACUUGGUACCCACUUUGGUAUUGAUUUAAUGCAUAGAAAAGCGGAGGUGAAGGACAUAAUUACGGAUGUAAUUAAUAACAUGACUGAUGAGGAAGAAGAGGAUGAAGAAGAGGAAGCAGCUGGUGAUGAUUCAGAGAAAGAGGACCAUGAUGAUGCUUAGUUCAUAGUGGGUCAGUACUCAUACAUGACCAUAGCAGAAAAUGAACCCUGUGGUGCAUUCAUCAGGUAGUUCAUAACUCAAGAAUUGAAAAAAUGACUUUAGAUGCUUGGGUCUAUGUGUUCUGUACCAUAUUUAUUAACCUCUUAGUAGUGUUAAACUGACCUCAAAUUCAUGUUAGUUUUGUUAUUGUCAAGUUUAAACCCCCUCCUGUAAGAGUUGUUUAGCUGUAAUUGUCAACUUGCUUUCCAUUAGAAAUGAGUAGUAAGUGGGUUUAUUUUCUUUUA